AUGAGGGAUGCUUUGUAUAUUUAUAAACUUGGUGUACAAAAUCAAGGUGCUUAUAAUGCAUUUUCUGAUGUGUAUCCAAAUGCAAUGGUUAAUGGUUGCUAUUUUCAUUUUACCAAAAAUAUUUGGAAAAGAAUAAAAAAGUUAGGUUUAGUUCGAGAUUGUAAAAAAGAAGAAAUUAGACGAGAAAUAGCUAAUAUAAUGUCAUUGCCAUUGUUACCUACGAAUGAACUUAAUAAUUCAAUGGAAUUAAUUAUUGAUACAUUAAGUAAUACAGAUGACAAAUAUAUAAAAUUAACUGAUUAUGUAAUAAUAACAUAUAUUUCCGGAAAAUUUGAUAUCCAGUUUUGGAAUUUAUAUGAUACCAUUGGCUUACCUUCAAAAAAAAUAGCAAAAUCUAGUAUAAUUCAUGAAGAACAGCUUAUUGCAGCUAAACAACGAUAUGAAAUAACAAAAGAUAUUGAAAUUUAUAAACGUUCAACACGAAGAAAAGCUUAA